UCUGCUGGCGGAGCGCUGAGGACGCGUCGUCGGUAUGUUCCGGCUGCUGCGCUGGCGCCUGGGCCGAACCCUGCUGCGGGCCGCGGGCCGGCGGUGCGGAGGCUGCGCCGCGCGCCUGCUGCCCGAGCGGGCUGGCGACACGGGGCCGGGCGCCGAGGGGCGGCCGAGCCGAGGCACGUCGGCGCGGGGGCAGGGACUGCUGCCGCUGUUGGCAGCGCUCGCCUGGUUCUCGCGGCCCGCAGCGGCGGCGGAGCAUCCGGGAGAGGACACGGCAGACGAGUCGGAGGCUGAGAUCAUCCAGCUGCUGAAGCGAGCUAAGUUGAGCAUCAUGAGAGAUGAGCCAGAAGCAGCAGAGCUGAUUUUGCAUGAUGCUCUUCGGCUUGCGUACCAGAGCGAUAACAAGAAAGCCAUCUCUUACACUUACGACUUGAUGGCCAACUUAGCAUUUAUACGAGGGCAGCUUGAAAAUGCAGAACAACUUUUUAAAGCAACAAUGAGUUACCUGCUUGGAGGAGGCAUGAAGCAGGAGGACAAUGCAAUAAUCGAAAUCUCUCUGAAGCUGGCCAGUAUCUAUGCUGCUCAGAAUAAACAGGAAUUUGCCCUUGCUGGCUAUGAAUUCUGCAUUUCAACUCUAGAGGAAAAAAUUGAAAGAGAGAAGGAAUUAGCAGAAGAUAUUAUGUCAGUGGAAGAGAAAGCCAACACCUACCUUCUCCUUGGCAUGUGCUUAGAUUCUUGUGCACGCUACCUGCUCUUCUCCAAGCAGCUAUCACAGGCACAAAGGAUGUAUGAAAAAGCCCUGCAGAUUUGUCAAGAAAUACAAGGUGAAAGACACCCACAGACCAUUGUGCUGAUGAGUGACUUGGCUACUACUCUGGAUGCACAGGGCCACUUUGAUGAUGCCUACAUUUAUAUGCAGAGGGCGUCCGAUCUGGCGAGAGAGAUAAAUCACCCUGAGCUGCACAUGGUGCUCAGCAAUCUGGCUGCCAUCUUGAUACACAGAGGACCCCAGGUUAAAAUUCCCUGCAACCUACAUGGUUAUUCACAACCUUCUGUAACUCCAGUUCAAGUGGAUUUAACAUCCUCUCUAGCACAAGAGUUCUCAGUGAUGCAUCACAAGUAGCAGCAGAACACUGAAAUAAAAACCUUACCUGAAUGAGGUGAUGGGUCCCCUUCAUCUCUCCGUGUGUCACUGCCGGUCAUAACUGAGGUGCUGGCACUACCAGGCACAACUCCUACAGGUUGAGGCAUGACAACACCAUGAUCUUCAACUUUAUCAUCAAAACUUCCCAUGAGAGCCUUUCUGAUGAUGUCUUCUAGACCAAGAUUACUGGCAGGAUCAGCAAAAGAAUGGCUUCUUGAGCUAAUUGCACCUGAGGAGACAAGGCAGUGUAUUGCUGCUGCUUUCUGAGGCAGAUCAUAGCAGAGUGAAACGAAGAAAGAACCUGGGCUCUCAACACUCAGACACUGCUGAGGAUGACCUAGCAUGAUGCUGAGAAACUUCAUAGUUAAAUGCAGGACUCAUCAUGGUCAUUCCUACUACUACUUUGCUGUGCUCACUCUGCAGCAAGUAUUUACAACUCUUACCUGAUGUAGUAACUGCUGGCAGAUUGAAGAUCUCAGUUCCUGGCUGUGCAGCUGCUAAAUUCAAACAAAUCUUUAGGUUAACUGAGAUGAGAUAAUAAUGAUACAAAGUCUCAAGAAAUUCUAGAAUAAAAUUAACUUCUUGAUUUUUCUGUAUUUAAUUUAUGUGGAAAUGAAAAUUCUUGGGGCAGGGAAGAUAUUAAGAAAUAAAAAAAUCAGGUCAGGUAGAAAACUCAAAACACAAAUAAGAUAAAUCACGAAAGAAAAAGAGAUGGUACAUUGCUGAGGGCAAAGCAAACCAACAGGAGAAAGUCAUUCCCAAAACAGGAAUUCAGGCUUCCAAGGAAUGGAGACUUGAACUUCAGACACCCCUGAAAUGUAUCAAUAGUCAAGUUUGAAAGUGUUUAAAAUCCACCUCAGUGGAUGGAUAGUUUAGAAGCAACUCGCUACCAGAGCUAAGUGGAAAUUUUCUGCACUCAGGAUAUUCCCUGAAUGAAAAAAGAUUCUGCCUUGUUCCAUCAUUGAUUCCUGGCAAGUAUGCAAUUUAUAAUUUGCAGCUUAACUAAAAAUGAAAUGAAAACUACCUAUAAAACAUUUUGUGCCAGAAGGGGAAGGGACUUGGAGACACAAGUUGUUUCUAUCAUGCCUUCUUAUUUGCUGCUGAAAAUGUUAAAAGGAAAAAAUAAUUUUGGAAGUAAGAAGAUACCUAAAUGAUAUCUGAGCACUAUACACUAUGGGUGGAUAGACUUUUGCCUAAGUAUGAGAGCUAUUUAUGAAGAACAUAUGUGCCUAGAAAUUAACAUUCUUGAUCAGAGCAGUUUAAGACUAGGGGGAGAGCACACGACAUGACAACCCUAAUAGGAGGGACUGUAGAACAGUGACUACAGGCAAUCUGACUUCCAAAGACAACACAAUCUGAAAUAACUGUUUGUAGCUUAGUGAACCAUUACUGACUGAACCAUAAUAGAGUAAAAGCAAUAAAAGAUGAUCCCAUGAGAGAGGGUGUGGUAGCACAUGUAAGCCUAGCACUUGGGAGGGAGAGGCAGAACUUCUGUGCCAGAACUACAGAAUUUAUGAUGAAUGUAAUUCAAACAGUAGUAAUACCAAACACUCAGAAUGAGGCUCUUCCUUCACUUCAGAGCUUACAGUUAAGUGUGCUGCUUUCGUGUAUAGAGCAGAAUGCCCUGAUAACUUAGUAAAAUGCCAUUUUCUGUUUGUUUUUAAAAAUAUAGAUAGGCUCUUAAGUAGCUGUGGCUAUUUGGAACUUCCUGUAGACCAGGGUGGCCUCCACUCUCCCCCAUUUUCUAAAUUCUUGGGGCCUUAAAUUUACAUACUUAAUAAGCCCUCAGAUAGUCACAAUGCAGUGUGAGGCCUCAUGUCUUAAAGUAGAUGUGACAGUUGCUUAUAAAUGAUAAGAAAGCACCUGCGAACUGACUUAACAGAGAAGGACAAGAAAAUAGAACAUUGAAGUUAACCGGUUAUGAAGAUUAGGAACUUAAUGUCGGGAGCAGAGUGGGUGUUCAGUUUUAUAAAAGACCCAGUAAUAUAUUCUAGAUAAAAUAAGAAGCUGGACCAGGUUGUGGCAAUACAUGCCCUUGAUCUCAACACUCAGAGGAUCUUUGUGAGUUCCAGGCCAGCUUAGUCUACAAAUCGAGUUCCAGGACAGCCAGAGCUGUUACACACAGAAAGCCUGUCUCAAAAAAACUAACAAAAUCUGAACUUCAGACACAAGUUCAUAGGUUUGUAGUAUGAAAUUCAGUUUUAAAUGCCCCCAAAUCACAGUGUGUAAGGGAAAAGAUAUUGAAAGCCCUGGAGAAAACAAGGACCAGGCUGAGUUGAAGAAACUAGAAAUGGCCCAAAACGUCACCAUCUAAGGCAACUGAAGAACUAACUCUACAAAAAGGACUGUGACAACUGUGAAGCCACCAGUAAAGUGAGUGCUAAAAAACACCACCACUGAUCUGUCCCACAGGGUAACAAAUUGAGAUACCAAGUCUAAGCAGUUUUCUUAGUGUGGGUGGCUUUUGGGUUGUCAACUAUUUGCCAGUAAAGAUUCAAUGGUAUCCUAGAACCACUGGUUAUUUAAAUUCCUUUUUCUUUCUUUUUUUUUUUUUUGUUUUUUUUUUUUGUUGUUGUUGUUUUGUUUGUUUUUUAAGAUAGGGUAUCUCUGUGGCUUUGGAGGCUGUCCUGGAACUCGCCCUGUAAACCAGGCUGGUCUGGAACUCAGAGUUAAAGCAUCUUGAGUGCUGGGAUCAAAGGUGUGUGCCACGAACACCUGACAUAAAUUCCUUUUUCUAUAGUCAGAGCUUUUACAAUAAUAAAUAAUGAAAUUGAAGAAAAAAAAAAAAAACAGGUUUCUAGGGCUGAAGAGAUGGCUCAGUGAUUAAGUGUUCUUCCAGAGGGCAUGGGUUUCAUUUCCAGCAUCCAUGACAACAUACAGCCAGCUGUAAAUCCAGUCCCAUUGGAUACAACGCCCUCUUCUGUCCCUUGUGAGUAUGGCACACCUGGUUCACAAACAUGCAGGCAAAAACACCCAUACACAUAAAAAUUAAAAUACUGCAGACUCUAACACAAUUUUGUUAGUUUUGGCCUUAAGGCUCCAACACACUAUCUCCUACCAGGUUUUCCUAGACACUUGUGAGACCAGCCAUCAACAUAGAUCUCAGUUUAGUAAAUGCCUGCCGAGGACAGUGUGAAAAUACCACCAAUAAUGAACUCACAGCAUGCUCUGUCAAGAAUUUCCUCCGCACUAGUCAGGCAAGACAAAAGGAUAGAGAGUGAAAUGGUUCCCCCAACAACCUGUGUGUCCAUAUGCUUGGGAAGGUCAUCUCUAAGUUAAGAAACUGUAGAGGGACUGGCUGCUCUUCCAAAGGUUCUGAGUUCAAUUCCCAGCAACCACAUGUAAUGAGAUCUGGUACCCUCUUCUAGCCUGGAGGUAUACAUACAGGCAGAACACUACAUAUAAUAAAUAAACCUUAAAAGAAAGAGAGACUGUGUACAUGAAAGCACUGAUUUGUUUUGCUGGUGAUCUUUGAAGAACUAUAAAUAGAUGAAACAGUUGAAGAAAUCAAAA